AUUUUGCUAUUAUAAAUAGCAAACAAUACAUUGUAGCUAGCUACACAUAACUAUUUCAAUUUACCAUUUCAAAAUGAAGACUUUGAUAAUGCUUCUUCCCCUUCUUUUCCAUUUACUUUUGUCUGUAGCUUCAGCUUCAUCGCCGUCUCCGACGGUCAUUAUAGUCGGAGCUGGAAUGUCAGGAAUAUCAGCAGCAAAAACACUGCAUGAAGCAGGAAUUAAAGACAUUUUAAUACUGGAGGCAACUCCAAGGAUUGGUGGGCGUCUCAUGAAAACAAAGUUCAGCGGAAGCACGGUGGAGAUGGGCGGAAACUGGCUGUUCACCGGAGGACCUGUCGCAAAUCCUUUGAUUGACAUUGCCAAUAAACUCAAGCUCAGAACCUUUUAUAGUGAUUAUGAAAACAUCACAGCAAAUACUUACAAACAAGAAGGUGGACUAUACCCAAAGAAGGAGGUGGAUGAAGCAUACCAAGUAGCAAGUGACAGGGAUGACUUCUCCGAAAAGUUGUCCGAAAAAUUAUCUGCCAAAAAGAAAGAUGUUGAUAUCUCAAUUCUAGCAGCUCAGCGAAUUUACAAACGGGUACCGACAACUCCGCUUGAAAUGGUGAUAGACUUCUAUUAUAACGAUUUUGAAGAUGCAGAACCACCAAAAUACACAAGUUUGAAGCAUACGAUUCCUAGAAAUGAGUUAGUAGACCACGGGGAAGAUUCAUACUUUGUCGCGGAUCCAAGAGGAUUCGAGGUUUUGGUUCAGUAUCUUGCCAAGCAGUUUCUUUCCUCUUUGACUAGUGAUCCCAGGCUUAAGCUCAAUAAGGUAGUAAGAGACAUAAGCUAUUCAGACAGUGGAGUUACUGUAAAAACAGAAGAUGGUUCCACCUAUAAUUCAAAGUAUGUUAUUAUCUCUGCCAGCCUUGGAGUUCUCCAGAGUGACCUUAUUCAGUUCAAUCCUACGUUUCCUAUAUGGAAAAGAAUUGCAAUAUCAGAUUUCAGCAUGACCAUAUACACCAAGAUAUUCAUCAAGUUUCCUUACAAGUUCUGGCCUACCGGCCAUGGAACUGAAUUCUUUCUCUACAGUCAUGUGAGGCGGGGAUACUACCCAAUCUGGCAGCAUCUGGAGAAUGAGUAUCCAGGAUCCAACACUUUAAUGGUGACAGUAACAUCCGAUGAGUCGAAGAGAGUUGAGCAACUAUCAGAUGGUGAAGUUGAAGCAGAAGUUAUGGAGAUUUUAAAGAACAUGUUCGGACCGCACAUUCCUAGGCCAGAAUCAAUACUAGUACCCAGAUGGGGCAUGAACAAGUUUUAUAAAGGCAGCUAUUCAAAUUGGCCUGCUAAUUAUAACCAGAAGCGGAAAGACCAAUUAGCGGCUCCUGUUGGUCCAGUAUACUUUACCGGGGAACAUAUUAGUAAUAAGUAUAUAGGAUAUGCUACUGGUGCUUAUUUUGCAGGUAUUGAUACUGCAAAUGAUUUAUUAGACUGCAUUAAGAAGAAAUCUUGCAAAAGCAAUCACCACAUAUGAGUAAAAGAAAAAAGUACAAAAUGCUCGCAGCAAGCGUAUUUUGAAGGUGAAAUAUCAGGGAUCAUAAUCAGCAGAAGCAGGGAUCUUAUGAUUUGCACAUUUUAUUUUUGUCAAAUUAUGUGCUAGGAUUUUAGAAUUUGCACCAUUUUGUAAUAAUUUCCUGAUACUUUUGCACGAUUUCUUGUCAAAUUAUGUGCUAGGAUUUUAGAUUUUGGAAAUGUAGAUUGGAUUUAAGAACUUCAUGAAGCAGAUUUGGCUUGGCUGAGUGCUUAAA